AUGGCUGUAAAAGGGCAAGCUAUAGCUGACCUACUGGCAUGGUUCCCAGGAGAAGAAGGGUGGAAUGUUGCUGAUGAAGUCCUUAGGGAUUUACCGGAGGUUUCAACUAUUGAAGUAGCUGGAGCUAAGUGGACUCUUAGGUUUGAUGGGUCCUCCACUGCUACCGAAGGAGGAGCUGGAAUAGUCCUAAUCAAAGAAGCAGGAGAAGCAGUAGCUAUGUCCUUUAAACUUAACUUCCCUUGUACUAACAACAUAGCUGAGUAUGAAGCAUACCUCACGGGUUUAGCGGUAGCGCGUGAAAUGGGAAUCAAACACCUUAGGUUGAUUGAAGAUUCGAACUUAGUUGUUUGUCAAGCUAAGGGAGAGUUCGCACUCAAAGAGCCGUCAUUGGCGCCAUAUAGAGCAAUGGCCCAAAUGUUGGAAGAUUCAUUUGAGGACUUUGAUAUCCAACACUCUCAAAGGUCCGACAAUCGUUUUGCUGAUGCAUUAGCCACUUUGGGGGCUAGGAUUAGUUUUGAAGAUACCGCUACUGAAGUUACAAUCAUAAAGAAACCUGUUCCAGCCAUCUAG